AUGUUAGAAAAAAACUUUUCAUUGAAUGAAGCCCUGCUUGACAAAAACUCCAAUAGCCUUUAUUAAACAAAAUAGCAUAAUGAUAUAAUCUAAAACAGAAACAAAGUGCUAUACCCUAAUUAUGAAAACCUAAAUGAUGUGUAGAUAAUAGAACUAGGAAACUAUGAUUCAGUUCAUGAUCAGUAAUUAUAAUAUUACGGGGGUUAUCUUGUUCACAAUCAAACACAAAUCCUCUUAAAUGGAUCUACUAGAAUGAAUCGUAAAGAAGUUGGUUGGAUUCAAUUAAUGGAUGUUGCAACCCAUCAAGAAAUUAGCAUGAAAAUUCUUGAUAGCAUACAUUUAGAAUUGCAAGGAUAAAAUGCAAGGAAGAAUCUUAAUUUCAUUAGUGUCUCAUCCUGCGGAGAAUAUUUCCUCUAUAGUCUCGAUAAAGAAUAAGGUGCUUAGCCCCAAACAGAGAUUCACAUUCAUAAAAUAGUUGAUUUCUUCGCAGAUAAAGCACCAGUCGUGAAAAUCGUCCAUGACUAUGACAACUCAAAAUUUAAGAAUAUUAUCUUCGGUCCUGAUAAUUAUAUCUAUUUCUCUUAAUAGAGAGAGUCAACUAGAGACUAGUUAAAUGACUGUAAAAGUUUAAUGCGCUUCAGAUGUGAUUAUAAAAGCUAAAAAUCUGAUGAACAGACUCAAGUUUUUGACCUAGAAGAUUGGUAUAAAGAUGUGCCGAAAAGAGGUUAUGAGUCUGAAAAACCAUUGACCCACAUAUCCUCUGAUCAAGUUUUUGCAUGCAUCGUAGGUUACUCUGAUUUCGAACUGAGUCAUUAUUUCUACUGGGGUUUUGUAGUAGCAACAUAUGAUAGAGGUAGGAAAACUAUAUUCUUUGAACAAGAAAAACUAAGAGUCAAAUAAGAUCUUUCUUUCCCAGUAUUUUUCGAUUCAGAAACUGAAUACUUUGGCAUGGAUUCAGAUUUUAAUAUCUAUCAAUCCAUUAAUCCAGAAUUCUUUAAAUUACUUAAAGUAGGGGAACUUAAACCUCCUGGCAAUAGCUUUUUUGACAGUAAAAAACCAAUUAUAACUUAAAAUACCAUGAUCAUGAAUGGGAAAGAUUACGCAUGCUCAUCAGGAUAAGUCUUUGUUUAUGAUAAGCUAAGAUUCAAUCUCAUAAACUAAGUUACAAUUAAUAAACAAGCUUGGAGAGAGGAUUAUACUUUUAUCUUCUACUAUGAAGGCAUUCUUAACUAUAUUAAUCCUUCAUCUAAACAAUACAUGCACGUUAAACUUUACAAUUCAAAAUUCUUUCAUGAUGAUGAAUUAGUGUUAGAGAUAACUGAGCAGAAUUAAUUGAUAGACUAAUCAGCUAUCUUACACAAGUGGAAUAAAUCUUACAGAAUAUUUGAUAUGGAGCAAAAAAGAACUGUUUGUACUUUGACUUCCCCACUUCUUUUAGACAAAAUAAGCUUUUUCCUAAAGAUAAGCACAUUGUACUAUCUUUUUGCAACAGAAAAGGAAACGGUAUACCUAGUCUCAUAAAAGGAUUCAUCAAUUAUUAAAGAAAUUAGUAUAAAAGGUUCAAUGAGCUUUGAAUUCAGUAAUUUCUAUGUGCUCUCAGCAACAUCUUCUAAACUAUCUUUUCUUAGAUUGACUUAGGAGAAAUUUCUAUAGAUUUAUGAUAUAAAUCCAAACGACUGUUCAGUCGAGAUUGAGGAUAUACCAUUUUUAGAGGGACUGAGCCGAUACUGCAUUAAAGUUGGCGAUACCUUUUAAAUGUUUAAAAACGAGUAGACCGGUUAGAUAUUGAUUAUCGUAGUUUACUAGAAAUGCCUCUAUGCUUACGACUUCCACUCUAGACAGUUGAGAUAGUUCAAAGGAGAAUAGUUCAGCUUUUCUUAAGUUUCAAUCAGUUGGGAUGAUGAUGCUCUAUUUACAUUAAAAGACAAAGUUGUUAUUCAAGCCUACGAUUUACAGACAUUUGAACCUAUUGCUAAUCUAUCAUACAGAAGCAGUACUCCCAUUACAAAAAUCAAAGCUAUUAAGAAUCACCUGAUUAUUUGCUCCAACCCUGCUGAAGUUCUUGAAAUAAAUAACAGGUCAUUCACCUCGAAAAAAAUAAAGAUUCCUAUUGCACCUAAAGAUUCAUUAAAGCAUGGAUCACCGGAUUUAUUGAAAGAUCGAGCCAAUGGUGAAAUAGUCUAUUAUAAAUUAGAUACAAAAGGUUAAUGGAAUUACUAGACUAACGCCUGGAUUACUAAGUAUGAUCCUCUUAAAUUAAGUUAAGAAAGUAAGAGUUUAAACAUUGAUUAUCCUCUGAUUCAAAGUUCUCAUCUACCAUGUGCAAAACAUGUUGUUAUAAACAAAGAACAAGGAAUGUGCUUCUAUCAUGACGAGAGAGAUAAGAGAGUGGGCUUUAUCAGUCCUUAUUUUACUACUGAUGAUAUAUUAAAGAUCAGAGAGUCAAAGUCGAAAAAUAACGAUACGCUAUUAACAGAUUUAAAUGACAUUUCUCCUUAUCUAAAAUUCUAUCCUGGAAUUGGAAACAUUCUUAACUUAAUGGCUCUAAGACCUUAAAUAUUAGACUUUAUUGCGAAGAAAUUAUCCAUUAUGGAUAAAGCUGAAAUACCAAUAAUAUUAAUGAGAAAUGAGAUUGGUGGUAAAUCAGCAAUAGACAUUGCUUGUGAGAAGAAUUAGCUUAAAAGUUUAAUGAUUCUAUUAGAGCUAUUGACUAAGUACUAGGAUGAUCAUGGCUUUAAUUAUCUAAUUGAUAGUCAAUUCAUUUACUUCAUUGAUAAAGGUUUAGAUCUAACAGAAUACUUUGACAGCAAUUUACCUAAACUUUAGAUUAUCCAUGAAAACUAUCCAAGUGAGCAUUUUGACGAAAAUGAAUACAUUUUAGGAGUUAAUGACCUAUAGAGACCUAGUGAAGUAGUACAGAAAUAUAGUGAAAUCUUUGAUUAAGUUCUUGAUAAUGGAAAAUCAGAAGGAUUUGCCUCUAUUGAAUACUACCUCAUUAACUUGCCUGAAACACUAACCACUAAUCCUAAGUAACUCAUGAAAACUCUGAGUCAAAGUGAUAAUAUCGAGUAUUUUGAGAAUCUAACAAUCCAAACAAUAAUAAAGUUUAAAUGGAAUCAGUACACCAAGAACUUCUUUCAAAAUCAAUUUCUGAUCUUCUUAAUCUUUCUCGUCUCCUUUUUCUUUGAAAUUUACUAUUCAAUCAGCCAAGGUAAAACUUAAGCAGACUUAAAGGUUGAUGGUGAAUCAAUAGCUUAACCUGACACAAGAGAAAUAGCAGUAAUUGCCGUUACAAGCUGGGAGAACUUUCGUUAGAUCUUGCUCUAUUUCUUCUACUAUGAGGUUAGAUAAGCUAGCAAAUAAUAAGGGUAUCUAAAAGAGCUUUGGAAUCUUUUUGAUUUCUCCUUGAUUGCCUCAUAUCUAGCACUUAAUAUACUAGAAUUUACCUCUGGAGAUAAGAGUACACUGAUUAUUUUAGACAUAUUAGUUAUCAUACUUUCUUUCUUGAAAAUAAACUUUUUCCUAAGAAUAUACGAUGGCUUCAGCUUUUUAGUAUCAAUGAUGAGCGGUGUGUUCAGAGAUAUCUACUACUUUAUUCUGUUUUUCUUAAUUUUCAUAUUCUAGUUUGGAAUAAUCUUUGUUAUCCUGUUCAGUGCAUAGGAAGUUGAUGAAUACAGUGGAAUUGGAACUUUUGGUUAUUUCCUUAUGAUUUUCAGAAUUUCAUCUGGAGACUUUGCAGUUGAAAACUAUAAGGAUCAACCUACUACAGUUUUAAUUGCCUUAUCAUGGCUUAUUUGGCUUGUUGCAGUAUUAAUACUCAACAUUGUAUUCAUGAACUUCAUUAUUGCUGUGAUCUCUGAAUCUUACGAAAAGGUCAUGUAGAAGUUGGUGGCUGAGUCCUUCAGAGUCAAAGCUAAUAUGAUAGUAGAGAGAGAAUUACUAUUGACUCCAAAAGAUGAAGCUGAGAAGAAGUUUUAUUUCCCAGAAUAUAUAAUUCUCAGAAGAGCGGUAGAGACUUCAGAGGGAGAUUAAGGAGAGUGGUAAGGCUUUAUUAAGGAUCUGAAGUACACAAUCAGAACAUCAGCUUAGAAGUCAAAGGCAGAGGUAAUCUAGAAUGUUGCCCCUAUCUAAUGCAAGGUAGAGGCGUUGGCUCAAACUUAACAAUUGUAACAAGAGAUUAUGGGCAUAUUCAAAACUGAACAAAGUAAAUUGAUAGAAGUUGUUCAGAACAGUAUCUAAGAACAAAAUGCUAAGAUUCAAGCUGUUAGUACUGGGAGUUCCAAUUCCUCUGGCUAGAAUGAUGAUAUUCGUCGUCUAAACAAAACUGUUGAAGAAUUGAGAUAGAAAAUGAAAGGAUGUGAGAAAGGAAUUAAUGAAAUCAAUGCUAAUAUCUAGAAACUUCUUGAGAAAUGA